CAACCCCGGGGUGUGGGACCGAGAGUGCGUGCGUGAGGAGUGUGGGGCCGACCAGGAAGGUGGCGAAGGGCGGAGAGUCCGGGUGGGAGGCGGGAGGGGUCUCGAGGGCGCGGAGCGCGGCGGGCGGCGGGCCGGGGGCGAGGGUGGCGGCUCCCUCGGCACCCGGCGCGGGCGGCGCGAUGCGGCGGGUCACGCUGUUCUUGAACGGCAGCCCGAGGAACGGCAAGGUGGUUGCUGUAUAUGGAACUUUGUCUGAUUUGCUUUCAGUGGCCAGCAGUAAACUCGGCAUAAAAGCCACCAGCGUAUAUAAUGGGAAAGGUGGACUGAUUGAUGAUAUUGCUUUGAUCAGGGAUGAUGAUGUGUUGUUUGUAUGUGAAGGAGAACCAUUUAUUGAUCCUCAGACAGAUUCUAAACCACCUGGAGGAUUACUAGGAUCCCACACGGACUGGCUGACAUUAAAUGUUGGAGGGCGAUACUUUACUACAACAAGGAGCACUUUAGUGAAUAAAGAGCCUGACAGUAUGCUGGCGCACAUGUUCAAGGACAAAGGUGUCUGGGGAAAUAAGCAAGAUCAUAGAGGAGCUUUCUUAAUUGACCGAAGUCCUGAGUACUUUGAACCCAUUUUGAACUACUUACGUCAUGGACAGCUCAUUGUAAACGAUGGCAUUAACUUAUUGGGUGUGCUAGAAGAAGCCAGGUUUUUUGGUAUUGACUCACUGAUUGAACACCUAGAAGUGGCCAUAAAGAAUUCUCAACCACCAGAGGAUCAUUCACCAAUAUCCCGAAAGGAAUUUGUUCGAUUUCUGCUGGCCACUCCAACCAAGUCAGAGCUGCGCUGCCAGGGUUUAAACUUCAGUGGUGCUGAUCUUUCCCGUUUGGACCUUCGAUACAUUAACUUCAAAAUGGCCAAUUUAAGCCGCUGCAACCUCGCACAUGCAAAUCUCUGCUGUGCUAAUCUUGAACGAGCUGAUCUUUCUGGAUCAGUGCUCGACUGUGCAAAUCUCCAGGGAGUCAAGAUGCUCUGCUCAAAUGCAGAAGGCGCAUCGCUGAGGCUCUGUAAUUUUGAGGAUCCUUCCGGUCUUAAAGCCAAUUUAGAGGGUGCUAAUCUGAAAGGUGUGGAUAUGGAAGGAAGUCAGAUGACAGGAAUUAACCUCAGAGUUGCCACCUUAAAAAAUGCAAAAUUGAAGAAUUGUAAUCUCCGAGGAGCAACUCUGGCAGGAACCGACUUAGAGAACUGUGAUUUGUCGGGGUGUGACCUCCAGGAAGCCAACCUGAGAGGUUCCAACGUGAAGGGUGCCAUAUUUGAAGAGAUGCUGACACCAUUACAUAUGUCCCAGAGUGUCAGAUGAGAGUGCCAAGAGCUGGAGGAAGAUGUCCCAGAUGAAAACAUUUCCUUAUUUUAUUUCUUCAUCCAUCGAAUUGUCUAGAGGAGAUAACAGUAUAAGGGAAUUAGAGGCGUUUGCUUGCUCCCAGAGGUGCAUAAGGGGAAACAAUUGAGUUUCCCUCACAUUGUGACUGUAACAGAAGAACACUCUGUUCAUAGAUGUAGACAAAGUAGAUCAUGCUGCUGCAUUUUGAGUGGAGUUGGGGCAUUUUUCUGGUUUCUGACCAGGGAUAGUACCUAUUAUAUUUGCUUUUAUAUAGGCAUUGUGUGGAAGUACCAUCUUGGUUUAAGAUGCAUUUGAGAAUUUUAAUUUAUGAAAAGCACAACAUAUGCAAAUAUAUUUAUUGAACACCUAGAUGCAGUAAGGAUGUUUAAACUGUUAAACGUCUUGAAAACUCUGAAGAGUUGUUCAGGUUUAUAAAUAGCUUUAGUGAUGCCUUCCUUCUUCAAAUACCUGUCCAUCAUGUGAGUAUGGUGGGGUUAAGACUCCCUAUGGCUCUUUUCAGAUUCAUUUCUAUAAUGUUUACUUUUCAUUAAAAACAACAGUAGCUAAAUUUGAGUUAUAUUCUGCUCUCGCAUUUUGAGACAGCAUGGAAGGAAAGACUUUGUAUAUCAUUCUGCAGAAGCAGGGAAUCACCAGUCAUUGCAGCUGUUCAGUGAGCAUGCUUCAGCUUCAUUAGAGGCGAGUUCCAUUCUGCACCAGACUCAGCGGCUCUGUCCAUUCACUAGUCCAGUUCUCCUGCUCAGUUGUCACAGCACAGGAAGAUACUUUAGAACCAAAACACCAAGCUCUGUCCUCAGCACAGUUCACGUAACGACAGUUUAUAAAGGGCCAGCUUAGAAUAAGCAUUCAAUCGAAAUCCAUUGCAGUUGGAGCUAUAAAGUAUGAAUAAGUCCCGCAGAGUCACUUACAAGAAGGCAACAUCAGAUAAUUACAGCUAAAUUCCUACAGUGGGGCUAAGAAAUUACAAACUGAUGGCUUGAUUAUAGCCACAAAAAAAUUGAUGAAUAAAAAUUAAGCAUUUGACUGGUAUAAGCUGCAUUAUCAAUCAGUCAGUAUCUGUAGUUCUUUAUUUAAAAAAAUUUUUUUCUGUUGUUUGUUUUGUUUUUAGAUGAAAUUUAGUCUCGUUUUCUUGAGUCAUUAUCUGCAACACAGCAGUAGGGCCUUCGCCUUCCUAGUGGGUGUCCCAGUGUCCUUAUGUGUUUCCCAAGAGCAGGGAUAUAAGCUGUGUCCAAAUGGGUUUUCGAUCCCACAGGCUGGUCAGCUUGAGGCAGUGAAUCAUCACAAAUGAUCUUGUCUUCAUCAGGAGAGUGGCAUGUCUUCAUUAUUCUGUAGCUUAUUCUUAUAUCUACAUAUGCAAAGCUUUCCUUCACAGUAAAGGGCUUACAUGGGAGGAGAGUGCUCCUUUACAGGGAAAGGAAAGCAAUUUUGAAAAUGAAUUAUUUUCUUUGCGUUUUUAUUUUUACCAAGACAGAGAAGUAUUGUAUUGAGAGAUACCUAUUUUCAUAAUCAAUAUGUGCCUAAAUUAUAUUUAACUCAUUUCACUGCACUCUAUUUUCAAUAAGUACAGACUGUGUUCAUUCACUGAAUGGCCUUCUGCAGAAGGAUGGGCAGAUGCAAACACAGUGUGCUGGGGAACUGCAGGGUUCAGAUCUGAUGUGAACCGCAUUAAUAAAUGGUGUGCAACGCUCA